UGCAAUUCGGAGGCUUCUCAAUCUUUCAAUCUUCUCUUCCCUUCGUUCCAAACUAAGCUUAAAAGUUAAAAACUGUGUCCCGUUGCUUGCAUUUGAAUCAAUUUCGGCCGACUGUAAAUCGUCGUCGUUGUAAUCCCAUCUUCUCCUCUUCCAACUUUGCCCCUCCUUUGUGGGGAGAGAGAUCUACAGGAAGCAGAUCCUUCGAAUUACACAUCAUAUUUAUCGACCAUUGGCGAAUCACAAUCCGAUCGAUCGAGGCCGCCUCUGCGCGAAUCCGAAGCUUUCCCGGGAAUUUUUUUAUUUUCUCUCCUUCGCAAUGCCUAAAUUCAGCGGCGCAUGAGUUUCGGAUUUUAUCGGGUAGAUCAUGACGGCUUCUUUCGUGACGGACAACGCGAACGCUCCAUCAACCUCGACUUCUCAGCCGCGUAUUCCUCUGACUGCCCCCAACCACCUCAAUUCCAGAAAAAGUGGUAGCAAUGUCUUUCAACUGUUAGCACUGAGAGAGGUUUCUCCUCGAGGGAAGCAUUCAGCAAAAAGGAUAUUGGUGGAUGCUUCUAACCGUCAUGUCGAUGCCUCUGCGUUAAAACGUGAAGCAGUAAGAGAUGCAAGACGUGGUCUUCUUUCAUGGGUGGAAGCUGAGUCGUUACAGAAUUUGUCAGCCAAGUAUUGUCCACUGUCGCCGCCACCUAGGUCCACCAUUGCAGCAGCUUUCAGUCCUGAUGGAAAAACACUUGCAUCGACACAUGGAGACCAUACAGUUAAAAUAAUUGAAUGCCAAACUGGCAGAUGCUUAAAGGUCCUGAAUGGUCAUCGGAGGACACCUUGGGUGGUUAGGUUCCACCCACUAUACCCUGAAAUUCUAGCAAGUGGAAGUCUGGAUCAUGAAGUUCGCUUAUGGGAUGCUAAUACUGCAGAAUGCAUAGGAUCACGUGAUUUUUAUCGUCCCAUUGCAUCUAUUGCUUUCCAUGCACAAGGGGAUCUUCUGGCUGUAGCUUCUGGCCACAAGCUGUAUAUAUGGCACUACAAUAGGAGAGGAGAGGCAUCUUCGCCAAUCAUUGUAUUAAAGACACGCCGUUCCCUUCGAGCAGUGCAUUUUCAUCCACAUGCUGCCCCAUUUCUGUUAACUGCUGAGGUCAAUGAUUUGGACUCACCAGAUUCUCCAAGGACGCUUGCAACUUCUCCUGGCUAUUUGCACUAUCCCGCCCCUACUGUGUAUAUAGCAGAUGCUCGUUCUGGUAGUCGUUCUAAUUGGGCAAAUGAACUACCUCUUAUAUCUCUACCAUUUCUGAUCUGCCCUUCAAUUGGUAGAGAUGAGGAUAGACUAUCAUUACAUCACACUGAUAGGGACGUCAGUUCAACUAGUGCCACAUAUAGAGUGGAUCCUUCUACCACAGUGCGGCUUCUCACAUAUUCAACUCCGUCAGGGCAAUAUGAACUUCUGUUGUCUCCUAUUGAACCCAGUACCUCUUCUGUACCUGAAGAACCAUGGCCAAAUUUUUCCUCAAGGGGAAUGGAAAAUGCUGAUCCUCAGCCUACAGUGGAUGCUAUGGGAAUUACUGAAUUGCAGACUGAAGAGAGAAAUAACCAGGUUUUUCCUUUUGGAGACCCCAGAUAUUGGGAAUUACCUUUCUUACAGGGGUGGUUGAUUGGUCAAAGCCAAGUUUGCCAACGAAUACGUCCUCGUAAUAAUGUUACUCAUGAAAAUUCAUCUGCACAUAGAGAAACAGAAAAUCCUGCUGGAUUGGUUCCAUCAGUUAUACCCCCCAGUGUUGGUCAUUCUAGAGUUAGUGGAAGAUCUAUUUCACGGCACCGUGCUUCACGCUCUCACAUGACACGUGCACCUGGAUCUGGUGACGUUAUUUCUAAUAACACAACACAUGAUGAGAGCGAUCCUCAGCCUUUUAUUAGCAGGAUGCAAUCUGAAGUUGCCACAUCACUAGCUGCUGCAGCUGCUGCAGAGUUGCCUUGCACCGUAAAGCUUCGAAUUUGGACAUAUGAUGUUAAAGAUCCUUCUGCCCCUCUUGAUGCUGCAAGGUGUCGUUUGACAAUACCACAUGCUGUACUUUGUAGUGAAAUGGGUGCCCAUUUUUCACCUUGUGGCAGAUUUCUAGCGGCCUGCGUUGCAUGUGUGCUGCCACAAAUGGAUGCUGAUUCAGGUUUACAUAGUCAGGUUAACCAUGAGGUUACUGGAGCUUCAACAUCACCAACACGACACCCUAUCUCAGCCCAUCAAGUCAUAUAUGAACUUCGCAUAUAUUCUCUUGAGGAAGCAACUUUUGGUUCAGUGCUUGCAUCAAGAGCAAUCAGGGCAGCCCAUUGUUUAACUUCUAUUCAGUUUUCACCCACAUCGGAGCACUUGUUACUGGCUUAUGGUCGUCGCCACAGUUCACUUCUUAAGAGUGUUGUGAUUGAUGGAGAGACAACAAUCCCAAUUUACACCAUUUUAGAGGUCUACAGGGUUUCUGAUAUGGAACUAGUCAGAGUCCUGCCUAGCGCAGAGGAUGAGGUCAAUGUAGCUUGUUUUCAUCCUUCAGUUGGUAGUGGCCUUGUCUAUGGAACCAAGGAAGGGAAACUGAGGAUCUUUCAAUUUGAAAAUUCUCCCAGUGGGAAUUGCACACCUGGUGUUCUAGAUGAAAACUUAAUUGAGGUUCCAACAUAUGCAUUAGAAUGCUAGGAUGCAUGAUUGCUCCAGAGCGAUGAUGAGAUGUAUAGGUGAUUUUGGCUGGGUUUUGUUGCCGUUAACUGCUUCAGUACUUGGCAACAAUAUUACAACGCAAUCACAGGUUUCUGAUUUGUACCAUGUAGCUGCUGUUUGUAGCUGAUGAAGCGUUGGGGUGGGGGGAUGUAUGUGCAAUGUCUUCUGGUAGCUUGCAGAAGGGAGGGAGGGAGGGAGGGAGGGCUGGCAAUAGCCGUUGUUGGGAUCUUCUCCGCGAUCUUAGCAAUCGCCUCCGAAAUGGCUUGAGGAUCCCGGCUUUCAUACGACGAACUAGAAAGAUCUUUCUCUUUAAAGACACUCGAAUUCGAAAGGGCAAGCAAAAGAGCGAGUGGCUCGCUCAAAUCGCAUAUAGAAGAAUAUUACUGUAGAUGUCUGUCUGACUGUAAGGGCAAUGGCUGCAAAAGGCCAAAUACUUAAAAUCAGGGCUUUCUUUCAAUGUUGUGAUUUAAUUUCAUUUUAUGCAUCAUCUGGCUGCUUCCUCCUGUACCUCUUGUUGUAAGGUAGAUGACUUGUUUGUGAGAGAUGCCAUUUGUACACCACAAUUUGAUUUUCAAAGAAUGGAAAUAGCAAAAAUUUUACCA